AUGUCAUACAACAGAAUUCGAUUUGUUUCGGUCAACCCUGCUCAGCCUGCAACAGAGGAUAGUCAAUCCCUCCCAGAAACUUCAAAUGAGGCCGUGUUUGACACAUUCCCAGAUGUUGUUUCUGCUGAAGCAACUGGAAAUGGUGAACUGGAAGACGCCAUUGACGAAGAAGACGUUUUGCAUUCCGAAGACGAUGAGGAUGCAGAACAAGCUGCUAGUACGGAAGAUGUCCCUGAGGUCAGCACUAGUCAAUUCUGGUCUAUGGACGCGACCCGUCUUCUCUUGAAAGUUAUUUUGCAAACAGACCAUCAUAACUUGGUUAAAGCUGCAGGUGGAAACAAGAAGAAAAUUGGUCACCUUUGGAAUACUCUUGUGGAAGCUUUCAAGGCUGAAACUGACUUUGAAAACUUGCCAUUAUCCUUCAACUCGACAGUGGAUAGCAACAAAUGCAACACGAAGUUCAAGUUGUUGAAAACUAGUUUCAAAGCAGAUUCGGGCAGAGUAUAUGCUCAAACAGGCCGUAAUGCAUACCUGCCUCGUAUGCGCUGGUUCAACGAAAUGCGUGAGAUUACGUUGAACGAUCCCACGUACAGCAUUCCAUGCUUGGUUUCGACUGGGACUAUGUCCCAAGGAGUAACAAUCACGCGUACAUCGACAACUGGAAGAAUAACCAGGGAGCAUGUUGGAACUUCCCAGCCUUUGGAAAUUCUUGAGGAAGAACAAGCGGCAGCUGAGGAGCCGGCAGCGGAGGAGCCUGUAGCCGAUGAGCCAGAUCCAGUAGCCAACAGCUAUAGUUCCGUCCCGCCCAGUGUGCCCUUGCUUGUAGCACCUGCACAUGAUCGGUUGCCUGCUGGUGAUCGUUAUGAUUCCAUGUUGGAGCUUAUGGGCUCAGCAUAUGCAGCAAUGAGAGAAGAUAUCCGUGUAUCUACACGGGAGCUUACAGAAGCGUUUGGUACAGCUGAAGAAAGAGAAGAAAAGAAGAGAAGAGUAGCUUUGGAGUUGGAGUUGAGAACGAUGGAGGUGAACUUGUUUGUGAAGGAGAACGAGGAGAGAUCACUGGAGCGUGCAAGACGGGCAAGAAGAGACGACGAACUCCUUGCUGAUCACAAAAGAAUGACAGACCUUCUGUCUAAGUUUGUUAGUAGAAACAUUGAAGACAGUAGCAUCCAAAGCAAUGACAAUGGUGAGGCAUAA